AUGACGUUCCGGGCCUCCCUAUCAAGCACGCCGGCAUUCCACGGUAGGAACCGGAAAGCUAUGUCGACACGGAGGUUGGGCUUCCGGGAAGGUGAAGGGGGGAUGAACGAGGGAGGGCGCAACGGGGGCGCCGUCGGUGGGAAGGAGGGAGGUGGGGAGGGGGAGGCUGUUGCAGCGCGGCGCACCCGCUUCGCUCGGCCUGCGGCGGUUUUGCGGUUUGUGCGGCAAGCGGUGGAGCGCGGGGUCAGCAAGUCCAGCAAGGGGACGAGGGCGCGAGUCGCUGCGUGGCGCCGAAGGAUGUCGGUGGCCUUAAUCGGUGUUGCCGCUGCCGUGAUGAUGAUGACCGCCUCGGCCGGCCCGGCCCAGGCGCUGUUCGGGAUUGGUGGUAGGAAGGAGGCGCCUGUGACUCGCCUCACCUACAUGCCGGAGAGCAUCUACCAAGAGCGGGAAGAGCUGCAGAAGUUUUGCGAGACGCCCCAGCAAGACCGGUUGUUCGACUCCAACGACAUGACCGCGUUCGAGGAGGAACUGGACGGGAUUGACAUGUUCUCGAACAAAGUCGCUCCUAGCUACGGGGCGCGGGAGUCGUUCCGCCUAAAGUACGCUCGCCAUGUUGAAGACUUCAUAGCAAUGGAUGAAGGAAAACUGGCUACCGGGUCUUUCGGAGUCGCCAGUUUCGCCCUCAUAGGCGGCCUUGCGGUGGUCGUUGGUGGUACCGUGCUUGGCGGCUUUACUUGGGCGUGCAGGGCUUUCAUAAACAUGGCACGGGAGGAGGAAAUUUUCCUCUACGGGGAAGAGAUCAGCGUUGACGCUACCGAAAAGCCAGACGAGGAACUGGACGAUCUGGACGAAGACUUCGACCUGGACGACGAUGACAUGGAAGACUACAGCGCACCUGGUUCUGCAUCCGGGGCUGGCGGCAACCCUCCCCCCCCCUCGACGCCUCCUUCGGGUAGUGGGGGCGACGGGGAUGCCGGUGGCGCCGACUCGAGUGGAGAUGACCUGUUGGGCAUGUAACGUGCGGGCGCCAUCGAAGGCCUGGUUUUGGUACUGUACCCCCGUCCCGAUGGCCCGAUGGCUUGGGCCACGCGCGGAAUAGCGUUGAUGAUUUCGCAACAGCACUCUGCUCUGUUCAGCGGAAACCCAUGCUGGUUUUUGUUGACUCGCAGAGCGAAGGGAUGCCCCUUCAUGUGGCUCUUCAGACAAGCGAUUAGCGACAUGUGGAGACCGAGAAAGUAGCCGAAAUUCCAACGAUUCCCUCCUUAAGGUCUGUCGCACUAAUGUAGGAGAUUGAGAGUUUAUUGCCCACUUUGACUCCUGAGCGUGAAGUCGAUCCGAGUAUGGCCAGCGGCUUUCAGGUCAAAUCGUUCGUCCGGCGUUCGUAGAGAUGAUCAAAACAGUGUUCCCGAUCAAGGGAAGAGAUUAGUGAAGCCGCUGGCAACGUGCAUGCAAACCACUAAGAAACUGUAUCGUACC